AUGGACACACUGGACACACUCGAGCCACACUUGGGAGGAUACGGACAGAAUGAUCCUGGUGACACUUGCUUGCCAUUCUACGCAAUCCUCUUCAUAGCCACCAUCGGCGUCAGCUUGGCAGUCUGCGCAAUCACCUUCAGCAUUCUGGCGAUCGUCAUUUAUCCAAAGAUUGAGCAUUCGAAAGUUCAGAUAAUGCACCUAGGAGGGGAUAUUCGGAAAGGGGCAGAGGCGCAGAUCAACAGGCUGAGAGGUGGCGGGAGACGGCAUCAAGACAGAGCUGAGUAG